GGUGAAAACAAGGAGACAGCUUGGCACGGCGCAGGUGGACUGAAUGAAUCUGAUUACAAUGGCAGUGGAAGAGAGUGAAAACAAAAAUGACUGGAACUGAGCAGAAAUCCAAGGACACAAUCUAACCAAAAGAAAAUCUUACAAAGCAGCAUGGGUUGUGUUCCCAGGUGAGGUAACAGGCCUGUUCUGGUUUGUCUGGAAGAAAUCCUCCUUGUGAUCAUUAUCACAACAUUCAGCUUCAUCAUUCAUCCAGUAAUGCAUUCACGUGCAUCCAGUCAAGUCAUUGAAAAAGAAUUUUCCCAGUAACUGAACGAAGACUUCCAGUGGCUAUGAAAGAAGUUCAGCCAGGAGGAGCAAGCUUUCUCCCAAAUCUUGAUCAUUUCCAGAUGGGAGCCCAGACUGUGUGGCACACACACAUUAACACACACUCAAAAUCAAGGAGGGGAAUGUGAGAUUUCACAGAGGGAGGAGGAAACAAAAUCCAGCACAAUCAAAUUGCAUGUACAUGUGUGUGUUGAGUUGUGCGAGAAGAUCUGCGUGUGAGGAUCAUCAGCAUGGCGUGGAGGUGGUGGGCUCUACUCACCGUUGUUAACCUGGCCAGCCUUCAGGGAGCCGCUCGACAUCACAGGAAAGCUCUGUAUCCAUCUGCACACAGGAUAAAGCGUGGGGCAUAUUCCCUGAUUAACCCCACAUUCCUGCGCUCGGAGGAGGACACUAAACUGCUUUUUGAGAUUCUUCUUGCAGGAAUGCAGAUUCCAGGCGAGGAUCACCCCCUCCUGAUCCCAGAUGAGGAGCUGGCCUCGCUACGAAGUGUGAAAAAAUUGGAAGUGAUCUGUGAGGACGUGCUGCCAAAGAAGCUUUCUGAUAUCCGUCGUCUGAUGGCAGACCUGGCCCCGAGGUGGCAGCCUCUCAACUGGCAGGACUUUGAGAGAACGGUGCUGACUUUAGUCUAUACCUCACAGAUGCUUGCUCAAAUUAAUAACCAGCACCAAAAAGAGCUGUGGAUGGACACGCUUGUGCAACUGGCCCAAGCUGUUCAACAUGACCUCAGACCCUCCUGAGAAAAACUCAAAGCUUCAAUUUCAACAAUUCUAAAUCUAUACCUAAGCAUUUUACUGGUUUAUAUAAUAUUUACCCUGUGAGUACAGAUUUCCAGUUGCAAUGUAUAUCGGCAGUGCUAAAAUACCAAUACAAUCGUAAUAACUUCAACAUUUGUAUGGUAGAAAUGUACGUAAACACCAUAAAAGCAUGAAUCCACCAUGCCUUGGAUCAUCGGUUUUGGUUGGUGGUGGUGGUUUAAUGGUAUGGGGGAUAUUUUCUUAGCACACCUUGGGUUCUUCAGUACCACCUGAACAUCCAUUUAAAGGCCACAGCCUACCUAAAUAUAGUAGGUGGUGUAACAUUAUUGACCCUCAGAAUUCUGACUGAUUAACAACAUGCAUGAACUGAUGUGCAGGUAUGCAUGCUUUUCACUCCGACAUCCUGACAUAAAAUAGUUCUGAAAUAAUCUAAAGUUUCUGCAGAUAAUGCAAUUUCAAUGACCAUGAAGCUGUUAUGAAAACGUGUUUAGAUGCAUGUCAGUAUAUGUCAAAUAUUUAUCUUUUAAAGUGAAUAAUGUUAUUCGGCAAACUUGGAAAUUUGUAGACAUUUUAAAUGAUGCAUAUUUAAGUCAAAGUCAGUUAUACCUUCUAGAUUUGUUAAGAAAUAAUGUUUCUUUUCCAGAAUAGAACAUUUCUGUGCAUGUUGGUAACUUUGAAUGAGUACACAGCUUCCAUGAAGUGAUAUUCUCAUCUAGUCUUUAUUUUGGAGCAAUCUUUCUCUCUGAAAAGAACAGAUGAAACAGCCAGUUGCUCCCCGGAGAGUUGACCUUGAGGUCAGGUCAUCCCAAAUGUUGUGUUUAGCUGGUGUCCGAACCAGUACCCAACAUUUAUGGUGGCCAAUGGGUACAAAGGCGCAGCAUACUGCUAAACGUGUGUGCUAAUCACACAAAUUUGCUAAAAAGACAUAAAUGAUGUAAACUCCAAAACACACAAACAAGGAAAACAAAUGCAAAGAAAAAAGUUUGCAAAUCACUGAUUGGCCAUGGGAGGAGGAGAAAUGAGACGGUUUUAGUUGAGACAGUGCAGGGAAAAGUUAAUAAAACACAAGAGCGACUACAAUGAUAUGAAGGACCACAGUGGCCGAGGCAGGUCAUGCAUGCAACUUUACCAUUUACAGAUCAUAAACCAUGCGUGAAGGCUGACAGAAAAGAAAAAGGACAAAUUAGGUUUCUGAAUUACACGCAGCUAAUCACACAUAAAAUCAGCUGUUCAGAGUCACAAACAUUUCCCCCAAAACACACAAAAUAAUACCACCAUGAAACGUGUUUGGUUCGGACAUCUAUUGAUGGUCCUUAGGCGAACCAGCAUCUGCAGGAGGGAGCAGGCAGACAGCAGCUGCCCGUAACCAGACUGCCUGUAUCGGACCAAAUUGGAGGAAAAUUAUAACUUCCAGACAUCCCGACAGCAGCGUCUCUCCUCUCUGCUUCUCCUGCCACACCCCCCUCACAUCAGAACCCCUGAGCUCAUCUGUUCUGGCUGGGCUGUGGUCCAGAUAAUUAUCCUAGUGGAUUAUUAUUAGUAUUAGUAUUUAGUUUAUUCAUGUUUUUAUUUUCUAUUAUUUUUUAUCAUUUCAUGCAGAUUAAUGUCGCAAUGUAACACAGACAGCAGCGUCCUUAAAGCCUUUGGGGCUUCAGCCACUAUAGCUUCAGCUGUUGGCGAGUCAGUGGAAACACAACAGUUACCGUACCGAGUAAAGCAAAUCGAGUGGCGCAGAGCCACGCUGGCUAAAACGAGGCAGUGGAAAAGGGGCACAAGUUUCUUCUGGGCAUCCUGUUAAAGUUUUCACCAAGGGUCUGGUCGAUAUAACUUGGUGGUUGACUCCCCCUAGUGGCCUGGCACACUUCCGUUUUGUGGACAGAGUUUGUAGCUUUUAUUAACUUGCUGUUGUUUUUGCUAUUUGCAGCAUUUUUCCUUUGCAUUUGUUUUAGUGGUUGUAGUUUGUUGCUUCUCUCUAUUUUUUGUGAUUUAAUUUUUUUUAUUUUUAAAUAAAAUAUUUGCAGCAUUUUCUGAUGCAUUUGCUUUUUGAGUUUGUGUAUUUUUAAGUUUGCAUCUUUUAUAUAUUUCCAGUGCAUUUAACUAUUUGCAGCACAUUUGCACCUCCAUACAAAUUAGGUGCCAAUACCUUUGCAUUUACAUUUCAGAGAGAAGGAAUUUUUGACCAAAUUAAGACUUUAAUUAGCUAAGGAUCCUAAAAAUGUUAUUUCAAUUAAAACAGUCAGGUAAUCCCGGGUACUAAGUCGGGGGAAGAUCUGACUCGUUCAAAACAAAAAACAUAGUUUCUAAUGGUUCAUUUGGGCCUGUCAUUACUAUGAAUCUCUAAAAGCAAGUUUAGAAAAGGUUUGACUACAAGAUUACUUUACAAAAUUGUGGUUAUAGUUUAUUUUUAAAGGGGUGCUUUUGUAAUUACAUUGAUUAUUUUAGAAAAUAAAAAUUCACAAAAUCUAACCACAUUAGUUUGACUUUCUGAUGCAGUGAAUACAAGCCCCUGCCCUGCCUGUUUGAUGUCUUCAAAUAACUUUAGAUAUUUUUCUCUGCCUGGAAAAGAUUGCUCAGCUAAUUUAAAUUAUUUUAAGUUGUUUUACAUAAAAAAACGAACAGAUUAUGUGCAUAUCAAAAUCCCUGAUUGGUCAUUUAGGCAAACUAAGAAAUGUCCAAAGGAUGUUUGCUUCAAAGGGACCAAUUUUCACACUUAUCGGUGGAAAAGGAUGCUUUUAAGAAGAUUUUGUGUGGAUUACAUAUUUCAGGGUGGAUGGAUGGUAGUUAUGGAUUUAUGGAGUUAUUUUCUCUCAUUCAUGAAAUGAAAACGCUUUUGCUUAUAUUUUCAUUUGUGUUAUGCUGAUACCACAAUUUUCUGCUUUCCUUUUUUAGCAUAGCCACUUUCAGCUGUGGUUGAGCUAAUUUCGGAGUAUGAAGAAAUGGGAAGAAAAAUGUUUUAAUAAAGAGUUUGCAAUGUU